UCUUCCUGGCAUUCCACCUGCUGCUCCUGUUUCUGCUCCUCAUACUUCCACUGUCUCUUCUCUGCCACCAUUCUUUCUUCUUCCUGGCAUUCCACCUGCUGCUCCUGUUUCUGCUCCUCAUACUCCCACUGUCUCUUCUCUGCCACCAUCCUUUCUUCUUCCUGGCAUUCCACCUGCUGCUCCUGUUUCUGCUCCUCAUACUUCCACUGUCUCUUCUCUGCCACCAUUCUUUCUUCUUCCUGGCAUUCCACCUGCUGCUCCUGUUUCUGCUCCUCAUACUUCCACUGUCUCUUCUCUUCCACCAUUCUUUCUUCUUCCUGGCAUUCCACCUGCUGCUCCUGGUUGUGCUCCAGUCUCUAACCCAAAGUAAGUUUUGACUUGACCAUUUCAGAAUAAAAUAUCUAUAAAGUUUACCACAUUUCCAGGAUGUAGAUGCUGACAGGUGUGUGUUGUGUUUUGUCUCUACAGAAAGAGAAAGCGUGAGCACCAGCAGCAGGACCGCCCCUAUGUGAAGAAGCCACUAAAUGCCUUCAUGAUCUUCCUGCAGGACCAGAGGCCAAAGGUGGUGGCUGAGCUGAAUCCGAAAGACAGCGCUGCUGUCAACGCCGUCGUAGGCCAGAGGUGGAGGGAACUGUCUCCUGAGCAGAGGAGCAUCUACUUCGACCAGGCUCACGAGGAACAGAGGCUCCACAAGCAGCAGCACCCGGGCUGGGUCCCCAACUACAACCCUAAGGCAAAACGCGUUAAGAAGGAGCCGGCCGCCAGCUCUGCAGCAUCCAGCAGCCCAGGGGGGAGCAGCCGCAGCCAGUGACCAACAUCUGGAAUAUCUUUUUAUAUAUCCUUUGUUGUGUUCACUUUUCUAGGGUUUUACUGUUUGUAAACCCACAUUCAGACCAAUGACCACACACACACACACACACAUGCUGACACUCACACGCAUUGCACAGACACAUGCACACACACACACACACAUAACGCACGCAUGCACACACGCACACACACCGCGCACGUACACACGCGCACA